AUGAAUGGGCAAGCUCCACCAUCUUCAAUCCCUGGAUUCCCGGAUGUGACUAUGUCAAUUCCCAUUGAAACCCCGACCAGUGAUCCACUUUUUCCUCCUGCAUUUGGUCCACAUGUUAACAUAUCCAACACUUCUGGAACUUCCACUGUGCGCCCUCCAAAUGCACCCCUCAGAAAUAACCCAUUUUUCAUCCCCACUGUACAAACUACUACAAUCCCUCAACCAACAUUGGUACAGAAGUCCAAUAAUGAGCCUCCAUCUAAAGGUCACCACGAUCAAUAUUAUUCUCCGGAAUUGACUUUUAAAGUCCCAGACUCGUAUAACCCCUUUCAGCAGUAUAGUUCCCCCGUCGAGAUCGAGAAAACUGCUAAGAAUGAGGGACAAGAAGAAAUGGCUAGAAAAAUGAAGCGUCUAGAGCAGAGUGUGAGGAAUAUGCAAGGAUUAGGAGGUCCAAAAAGCGUCUCAUUCAGAGAUUUGUGCAUGUUCCCCAAUGUUCAUCUGCCCCUUGGUUUUAAGACUCCGAAGUUUAAGAAGUACAAUGGUCACGGUGACCCCGUAGCACACUUGAAGAAGUAUUGUAAUCAAUUAAGAGGGGCAAGGAGUAAGGAAGAAUUACUCAUGGCAUAUUUUGGAGAAAGUCUAGUGGGAAUUGCCUCAGAAUGGUUCAUCGACCAAGACAUUUCUAAUUGGCCUACAUGGGAUGACAUGGCAGGAGAUUUUGUUCGACAAUUUCAGUAUAACAUUGAUAUCGUGCCUGAUCGCACUUCUCUCGCCAGUAUGAAAAAAAAUCCUACCGAGAGUUUUAGAGAAUAUGCUAUCAAGUGGAGAGAACAAGCUGCCAGGGUCAAACCGCCGAUGAAGGAGUCAGAAAUGAUUGAUGUUUUCCUCCAGGCACAACAACCUGAUUACUUCCACUACUUGCUUUCCACAGUGGGGAAGACAUUCGCAGAAGCAAUUAAAGUUGGGGAAAUGGUUGAAAAUGGCAUCAAGUUCGGCAAAAUUGUGAGUCAGGUAGCACUCAAGGCUACCACCCAAGCAAUUCAAAAUAGGUCUGGUGGUUUUGGAAAUCGAAAAAAGAAAGAGGAAGGAUCCAUGAUGGCAUCAGGGUCCAGUGCUGCUCAAAGGGGGACAAACCACCAAAUCUUACGAGGACAAUCCAACUCGCCUCAACAUUUUUAUCCGCAUCAGGAUCCCCACUACUCAAUUGCUCCACCCCAAUAUACGGUUUUCAACACCCAGGCAUAUGCCCGACCUUCUCAACGCCAACAAUGGAGGGCGCCUGCUCCACAAGGCUUUCGUCCCCAACAACAAAAUUUUCAAGCACCUUAUAAUACACGUCCUAAGACUGAUUAUGUAAGAGAACAAAGACAGAGGGAAAAUUUCACCCCAAUUGGAGAAUCAUACACAAGCCUGUUGCGGAAAUUGAUACAAUUGGGUUUGAUUGAACCUAUCAUGUCGUAUAAUGUCAACCCAAAUGCAAGAGGUUUUGACCCCACUGUCAGGUGCGAGUAUCAUUCUAACGCUCAGGGUCAUAGCACAGAAAAUUGUUUUACUUUGAAAAGAGCCAUUGAGAAGCUAAUUGAUGACAAAGCAAUUGUGAUACAUGACGAAGAGGCUCCGAAUGUCACCAACAACCCACUUCCUGCUCACAACAAUGCUCAUGUUGUUGGAAUGAUCUGUAACGAUAAGGAAUACAAGCAAACAGGUGCAAGUUCUAAUGCGAAUCUCAAAGGCUCGGGGAAGUUGAUAUUGUAUGUUCCUGGAGCCACAAAGAAAAAAGAGACAUUAGUAACUGGACCAAAAUUAUAUGUUCCUAGUGGUUUUCCCAGGUUUGGUCAAAACCAGAAUGGUUUAGGAAAGAUGACAGAACCAAUUGUGAUAAAGCACACGACACAACUUCCGGUGACAAACAUGAAAACUGUCCCAUGGAACUACAACAAAACCAUUGUGACUUACAAGGGCAAGGAGAUUGUUGAAGAAAUAGACGAAACCGGUGGCUUAACGCGUUCUGGAAGGUGUUAUGCUCCAGAAGAAUUAAGGAGAGCCAAACAAGAUAGGGAUAGCCAAUUUCCGGUGAAAAAACCUAUCACUGAAGAAAAGGCUGAAGAGUUCAUGAAGAAGAUGAAAGUUCAGGAUUACUCUAUUGUUGAUCAGUUGAGAAAAACUCCGGCUCAGAUUUCAUUGCUAUCUUUGCUCAUACAUUCUAAAGAGCAUUGUCAAGCAUUGAUUAGAAUUCUGAAUGAGGCACAUGUUUCAGACAAAACAACUGUAAGUCACUUGGAAAAGAUGGCCAAUAGAAUAUUUGAGGUGAAUAGAAUCACUUGCACCGACGAUGAGCUGCCUGUGGAAGGAGCUGGACAUAAUAAGGCUUUGCAUUUAACUGUCAAAUGUGAAGAACAUUAUGUGAAAAGAGUCAUGAUUGAUGGAGGCUCGGGUGUGGACAUCUGCCCCCUCUCUACUUUGCAAAGUUUGAAAAUCAGCACAGAUAGAAUUCGUACUAACAAUGUGUGUGUUCGAGCUUUCGAUGGCGCAAAAAGAGACACCGUUGGUGAGAUUGAUCUUACUUUAAAAAUUGGACCUGUUGAUUUUGGGAUCACAUUCCAAGUUAUAGACAUGGACACUUCCUACAACUUGCUUUUAGGAAGGCCAUGGAUCCAUGCAGCCAGAGCGGUGCCAUCUACGUUACACCAAGUGGUCAAGUUUGAAUAUGAGAAACAAGAAAUUAUUGUUCACGGUGAAGAUGAUCUUUCAAUAUAUAGAGACCCUUCUGUCCCAUGUGUCGAGGCCAAGGAAGGUUGCGAAUCCCUCAUAUUUCAGACCUUUGAAAUAGUGGCAGCUGAUCAGUUUAUGGAAGGGAAGCCUAUCCUAGAGCCCCGUCUAUCCUCUACUUCAGUCAUGGUGGCUACACAAAUGCUGCAAAAUGGUUAUGAGCUAGGAAAGGGCCUGGGGGUGUCAUUGCAAGGAAUUGUUGACCCGAUCUCUCCAUUUGGUAAUCAAGAUACUUUUGGUUUGGGUUUUAGGCCAACUAAUGCUAACAGGAAAUGGGCAAAAGAGCAGAAAAAUAAGGUUUGGAAAUUGCCAAAGCCCAUUCCCCACAUUGUCAAGUCUUUUACUAGGUCACGUCUUGAAGAGGAUAAGGACAUGUCUGUCCAAGAUGACGUGGACGAAAUAUGUCAAGGUCUCAAAGAAAUGUUCUAUGGAGUAAACAUGGUUCAUAUUGGUGAAGGCCCUAGUCAUGCAGAUGUGCAACGUAUUGGCCCAGAAGUCAAGCUCGCCAACUGGGAAGCUACUCCUCUCCCCACAAAGAAGGAGUCUUGUUUCAUUAACUCCGGCUUUAAUAACAUGACAUGCAUGCGGAAUUCACGUCCAGAUCUUAAAGAGCUGUCUAAUCUCGAAACAAUGAAUCAAGAGGUUGAUAAAUAUGAUGAAGAAGAGGCUUUUGAAGAAAUAAAAAGGGAACUGGAUCAAUUUGAGAAUAAGCCUAAGCCUAAUCUAAAUGAAACCGAGGCAAUUAAUUUGGGAACUUCUGAAGAAACUAGAGAAACAAAGAUAAGCAUUCAUGCCGAACAAAAGACCAGAGAUGACAUAAUCCAGGUUUUAUUUGAAUAUAAAGAUGUGUUCGCUUGGUCUUAUGAUGACAUGCCAGGUUUGAGCGUUGAUCUGGUAGUGCACAAACUUCCUACAUACCCUAAUUUCCCACCAGUCCAACAAAAGCAAAGAAAAUUUAAGAAAGAGGUGAGUGAUAAGAUUAAAGAGGAAAUCAUGAAGCAAUUGAGUGCAAAUGUGAUCAGGGUCGUCCGAUUUACUACAUGGCUAGCAAAUGUUGUGCCCGUACCAAAGAAGGAUGGGAAAACCAGAGUUUGUGUUGACUAUAGAGAUUUGAACAAAGCCAGUCCAAAGGACAACUUUCCUUUGCCUAACAUCCACAUUCUUGUUGACAAUUGUGCCAAACACGAGAUUCAAUCUUUUGUGGAUUGUUAUGCUGGGCAUCACCAAAUUUUGAUAGAUGAAGAGGAUGCAGAAAAGACCGUCUUCACCACCCCAUAG